GCCGUGCCCCUCCACAGGGCGAGACAGUCUAGCUGCGGACGACCUGCGGGCGCAGCUGCGGCGGCAGCCCGCGCUGGCCUCCGGCCCCUGGCAGGCGGUGGUCGACGCCAUGACCUGCCUGCCGGGAGCGGGCAGGUCCCUGUGGUGCCCCGCCUGCCCAGACGAUUUCGCAGGCAAGUGGUCGGGCGCCGCCUCCCGUGCCGGCGGCCUGCUGCGCCACUGCGCCAGCGCGGCCUCUGGCGGCGGCGGCGGUGCCCUAGGCCACGCGUGUGAGAUGGCCGCACACCAGCGGCUGCUGGACACGCUAGGAGCUCCUGCUCGCGGACCCCGCGCCGCACGCGGCGGGCGAGGAGGCGCUGCGCGACUGGGCGGUCGGCUCCCGCCUCUUUGCGGUGGCCGGGCCGCUGCUGAUGCCGGGAGCGGCCGCCCGGCGCGCGGUCGCGCGGCUGCAGGACC